AAUGAGAUCUGCCGCGCCAUCUAGAGGACGUCACGCCGAAGCAGCAAGAUCGUGCAUCGAUCGGUCAGAACGAAUGAAAAAAGUUACGCAAGGCUUUCUGGGGGAAGAGCAAUUCUUGGAUGAAUGUAGAGCUUUCCUUACAUUUUCAGACAGAAUUGGCGACUCAUGGAGUUUAAAAACCCAUUCAAAUUUACCCUAUAUAUUUAAAAAAUCAAAAAUUAUAGUAAAUGCCUUUAAUAAAUCUUUAGUCGGAAAUGAGCCAACGCAGACGGACGAUAAAAAAGAAACAGCAUGUUUUUUCCAUAUAGAAUAUUACUUAAUUUUUAAUGUUAGCUACUCAGUCCCUUGUUUGUACAUCGUACCCACUUGGCCUAAUGGUACGUUGUUAAGUUUAGAACAAGUUUGGAAUUACCUAAUAAGAGAGGACGCAACCAUAGUUGACAAAUGGUCCUUUCUUACACAAAUAGAGCACCCCUUCUUUGCAAAUGUCUGCUACUGGAUUCAUCCAUGCCAUACAGCAGCUUGGAUGGGAGAUUAUGAAAAAGAUCGAUGCGGUACUAUAGAUGACAGCGAAACAAAACAAAGAUCUUGCUUAGUCAGCGUUCUCUCAGAACCAUCCGUAAAGUCACUUAUUCAUGAGACGUUUGAGCAAUCAACUGUAUGGUUAUCUUGCCAUGCUUCGUCAAUACCACCAGGUGAUGAUACGCGAAUCUUGUCUACGACUAGGACGUUAAAAAUUAGCUAUGUUGAAAGAGACGACGGAGGAUCUUAUAAGUGUGAGGCAAGCAAUGAAAUUGAUAUUAAUUACCCCGAAAGAAAAUAUAUGGCAACUGGUACUGGUAUAAUUAGCUUGAUUGUUCUUUAUAAACCAAAACUAUUAAAACAUUCUUACUUAAAAUUUUCUGGCACUAUAAAUCAGUCAAGUACUAUUAAAUGUUCUUUUGAUGCAAAUCCACCAGCUACAGUAUAUUGGCAAAGAGAAAAUACAACUAUAACACAAAAUGAUAAAUACUACAUAAUAGGUACAAGACAGAAAAGUUCUCUUAUUAUAAAUAAUAUCGACAAGUCUGAUUUUGGAUAUUAUCGAUGCAUUGCUUUUAAUAGAGUGGGAAAAGUAUUGUAUAAUAUUUUACUCUCUCGUCCUGGCAUACCCGAUAAGCCGAAAGAAUGCCGAAUUGAAAUGGUAUCGGAUAGCCUUGCAACUUUUCACUGUGUGCCAGGUUAUUCCGGUGGACAAGAUUACAGAUUAAAAGUUGAAGUUUUAAACAGCAAGGGUCAAAUAAUUCAUAUUAGCGACAAAUUUUCUCAUGAUCCAUCCGGUUUGAUUGUCACUGUGCGAAAUUUAUCACCCUCGACUAAUUACGCUAUUGUCUUUUAUGGAGAAAAUAAAUUUGGUAGCAGUAAUGUCGGCUUAUUAUUAUUAUUUAAUACGACAAGGAGAGCGAAAUCCUUACAAGAAGAAGACGAGAAGAUUAGCUCCGAAACUAAACUUAUUACUAUAGGCGGUGCCAUAGCCGGUUCUGUUUUUGUCAUCGUUUUGAUAAUUGUUCUAGCUGUGUAUUGUUCAUGGAGGAAGAAAACUGCUAAAAAGAAAGAAGCUGAGUCACUUCGAACAAACACAUAUCAGACAUCUUCGUCGUCAAAUUUGGCAAGCUCUCUUGUAGCGAGAGACAAAAUUGAACAAACAAAUCAUAGCUAUAGGGACUGGCAAGGGGCACGCGAAUCCUUCGCUCAGGAUAAAGGAUGCUCAUACAUCGGACCGGCAAUAGAUUUGAAGUUCGAAAGUGGGGAAUCUAAUGACUAUUGCUAUGACAACAUAGCAAACACUGCUAAUACACACCAUCUGGCAGGAAGUGGAGGCUUGAGUCUUUUCCCUUCGACAUUAACAGCAAGUUUUAAAAGAAAAAAGAGGCCCGGCUCUUUUUUCCCAGGACAAAGUUCAAAACAAAAUUCAACGGCACACGUUACAAAUCUAUCAAUUGAAGUUGAGUCAAAAAUAGAAGAGAGAGAGCAAAAUCUACAAAAUUACAAAAACAAAGAAAAAACUGUCAGUCCAAUUGCCUCGAGUGUCAACUUGAGGAAAAAACCAAGGCCAUUGGUAAAUCCUCAGCAGCUAAAAGUUCCAAAUCUUCCUCAAAUGUCGAGGCAUUCAAGUAGAGUUUCGGUUUCUAAAAUUAGCCAAGAUGGAUCAAAAACUCUUUCCCAACCUAUAGAUGGCGCUUGUAUUGGCGAUGGACAUUCUCAGAUUGAUUCUUGGGAGUUUCCUCGAUCAAAACUCAAAAUAAUUCGAAAGCUCGGAAAUGGAAUGUUUGGUGAAGUAUGGGAAGGUCAAGUAAAAGAGAUUAUGGGUUAUAAAAGUUUAAUGAAAGUUGCCGUCAAAACUGUUAGAGAAGAAGCAGACGAUGACGCUAAAAGGAACUUGAUAAAGGAAUUACAGUAUAUGAAAACUUUGCAAGCUCAUCCUAAUAUUAUUACAUUAUUUGGCUGUAUUACAAUGUCUCACCCAAUGGCUAUAAUAAUGGAAUUAGCCACUAACGGUAAUCUUCAAAACUAUUUGCGUCGUUGCCGUUAUAACAACAUUGAUGCUGCAAUUGUCACGCAAAAAACAUUGACUACAUUUGCGAUGGACGUCGCGAAUGGAAUGUCUUUUAUUAGCAGUAAAAAGUUUCUUCAUCGCGAUUUAGCUGCUCGAAACGUUUUAAUCGAUGAACAAAUGAUUUGCAAAAUAAGUGAUUUCGGCUAUUCAAGAGAUAUUAUUCAUAGUCGCCAGUACGAAAGUAAGUCUCAAGCUAAGCUCCCUCUGCGUUGGAUGGCACCAGAAUCACUCUAUGAUGGUCUCUAUUCAGUCAAGUCUGAUGUUUGGAGUUUCGGCGUGCUUUUAUGGGAAAUCAUUACCUUGGGUGCUACACCAUAUCCUGGGAUGUCCGGCUCAACAGUUAUGAUUAAAGUCAAGGAAGGUUAUCGACUGCCAAAGCCGCUACAUUGUGCCGAUGUGUUGUAUGACUUAAUGAACGAAUGCUGGAGGAGUAAUCCAAAGCUUAGACCAUCAUUUCACCGUUUGUAUUCACAUUUAGAAGUUAUUGGUCAACACAUUGCUAAUCAGCAGAACAUGAGCGUUACGAAAAUGGAAGCGAACAUGUUAGAUGUUUUACAGGAUGUUCCAGGCGAAAAGUGCUGA